AUGGUGCCUUCACCUAUUGCCGCUUUAGGGUUUCUCGGCGCCCUGCAGGGCAGCGGCAAGAUUGUUGAGCGACAGACACGAUGCGUAACGGGAGUACACAUCAUUGUGGCCCGAGCCAGUACCGAGAGGCCAGGAACGGGAGUGAUAGGCGCGAUCGCGGAAAACAUUCAAGGGCAGGUUCCCGGGUCCGACAUUGCGGCGGUCGAUUACCCGGCCGAGUUGAACCCCUAUCAGCCGUCGCAGAAGGCCGGCGUCACGGCCAUGACGAAAAUGGUGCAAGAUUACGCGGCGGCAUGUCCACAGUCGCAGAUGGUUCUGAUGGGAUAUUCGCAAGGAGCGCAUGUAACUGCUGAUGUCUUAUGUGGAACGAGUGAAUCGGGCUUCCAAACCACCCAACCGCAAGCAGCCGAUGUCACGGAUAAGAUCCUUCUCAUGGGCGACCCCACUCAUGUCAAUGGACAAUCCUUCAACCAAGGAACCAGCCAAAAAGACGGCCGCUUCCCGAGACAGAACACCGCCGGCUGCGAUGCUGUUGCUAGCAAGAUGGUGUCUUUUUGCAAUACUGGAGACCCGUAUUGCGAUAGCGGCCGCAACUUACAGGUUCACCUCAGAUAUGUCCAAUCAGAUGGGGACGCGGCAACUCAGUUCGUGAUGUCCCAAGUGAAGGCAGCCAAAGCACAGGCUGCUGCUGUGUGA